GUUCAGGAGGCAGGCCUAUGGGUGGACCCAGGCAGUUUUACUUCCUGAGCCACUGCUGCCAGCAGCAGAAUCAGCGGAGUGCCUUGCUGCCCGUUUCUCGGCUCAGCAUGGACUCAAAGACCCUGCCCCAUGGUCACAUGCAGACCCUCAUCUUCUUAGACCUGGAAGCCACUGGCCUGCCUAUGUCUCAGCCCAAAGUCACAGAGCUGUGCCUACUGGCUGUCCACAGACAUGCCCUGGAGAACACCUCCAUUUCUGGGGGGCAGCCAUCUCCAGUGCCCAAGCCACCCCGUGUGGUGGACAAGCUCUCUCUGUGUAUUGCUCCAGGGAAAGCUUGUAGCUCUGGGGCCAGUGAGAUCACAGGUCUGAGCACAGCUGAGCUGGAAGCACACGGGCGUCAACGCUUCGAUGACAACCUGGCCAACCUGCUCCGAGCCUUCCUGCAGCGCCAGCCACAGCCCUGCUGCCUUGUGGCACACAACGGUGACCGCUAUGACUUUCCUCUGCUCCAGGCAGAGUUUGCUUUGCUGAACAUUGCCAGUCCUCUAGAUGGUACCUUCUGUGUGGAUAGCAUGGCUGCCCUAAAGGCCUUGGAAAAAGCUAGCAGCCCCUCAGAGCAUGGUCCGAGGAAAAGCUACAGCCUGGGCAGCAUCUACACCCGCCUGUACGGGCAAGCACCGACGGACUCACACACUGCCGAAGGUGACGUUCUAGCCCUGCUCAGCAUCUGUCAGUGGAAGCCACAGGCCCUACUACAGUGGGUGGACAAGCAUGCCCGACCUUUCAGCACCAUCAAGCCCAUGUAUGGCACUAGAGCUACUACUGGAACAACCAACCUAAGGCCACAUGUUGCCACAACCACUACACCCCUGGCCACAGCCAACGUGAGUCUUGGCAAUGGCAGGAGCAGGAGCAGGCAACCUAGGAAUCCUCCAGAGGAGGUCCCAGAAGCCCCAUACCAGGAGGGGCUGCUGGCCCCACUGGGCCUGCUGACCUUCCUGACCUUGGCAAUAGCCAUUCUGUAUGGACUCUUCCUGGCCUCACCUGGGCAGUAAGUCAAGAGGGAAAAUGAUUAAUAAAGACUACCAUAGCACUGA